GGAGUGGUGCCGACAGCGCGAAGCGAGUCUGAUAUUCGACACAUUCUUGGUUGAUUUGAGCUUCUUCCUGCUGGUGGUGAUACGGAAGGGAGGUCCGAAGCUUUGAGGAGGAAGAGUGUUUUUAAAAAUCUGCUCGAGGCGCUGGUGCGUUUGGAAGCCUGUGACGAUGCAGCCCAGGCGGCGCGGCCAAAGCCAGCUGGGGUUAGGGGUGAUCAUGCUGGCCUCCCAGCUGCUGAACGUCGGUCUGGACCGGAUCCCGCCCGUCACCCUGGCCACCAUCGCCGCCCAGGUGGCGCUGUUCCUGAACCUGGUGAAGCCGCCGUGGCACCGUUAUGACGCCUGCAUCAGCGUGUUCACGGUGCUGCGCCAGGGCGACUAUAAGCGCGUGCUCAUCAGUACGUUCGAGCACGCCGACGAGUGGCACCUCUACUACAACAUGGUGUCCUUCCUGUGGAAGGGCAUGCGGCUGGAGCAGCGCAUGGGAAGCCGCAAGUUUGCCAUUCUGCUGGGCGUGUUCUCGGUGUCGUGCAGCCUGACGUAUCUGGCGCUGGCCAAGACGGCCACCGAGUUUCUCCAGGACGAGAGUUACUCGAGACAGUGCGCCAUCGGCUUCUCCGGCGUGAUCUUCGCGCUGAAGGUGCUGACCCAGCGUCUGGAGUCGGCGUCCGACUCGUGGACGUACCUGCGGGGCCUGGCCGUGCCGGCGCGCUGGGCAGUCUGGGCGGAGCUCGUGCUCAUCCACAUACUGGUGCCGGGCGCCUCCUUCGUCGGCCACCUGGCCGGCAUCCUCGUCGGCCUGGCCUACACCUACGGCCCGCUCGAGUACCUGGUGGACACGCUCGACAAGGCAAUCGGAGUGCCGAUGGCGCGGGCGAGCACGAGCCGUCCGGCCGGCGCCUCCUACACGUACCACAGCAGCCGCUCCGGCCGUCGUGCCGAGCCCGACGAGCGUGAGGCGUCCGCGCUCGAAGCAGUUGUGCCGGUACAGGACGACUUCUCUGACAGCGCGUACGCCCUCAAGAUGACAGACAGCGACUGCGUCUGUCCCUACAUGGUGCGCAUCAUGGCGGCAACAGCUCACGCGUCCACCGUCCUCAAGAACAUCGGCUCCUGCGCGCAGCACCAGCUCUGCACGUAA